ACAAGAUAACCAACUCAUUCACUAAGUCCUCUAGCAAAAGGAAAGCACUAAUUAUCAAGAGAGAUAUACUACUGUAUACUUACUACAAAGCUAGAGUUUUUCUUUCAAGCUUGAUCGAUCUUGAUCAGUAGUACUUUUCCACACGACAAGAGAGAAUGAGCUGGACCGGAUCAGGAGACUGGAUGUGUGGUGCAUGCCAACAUGUGAAUUUUAAGAAGAGGGACCAAUGCCAACGCUGCCAGUACCCCAAGUAUGGUGGCCCUGACCCCUCUACCUAUGGAUACAAUAGAACAGAGGUCUUGGCAGGUGACUGGUUUUGCAGCUGUGGAAGUCACAACUACGCUAGCCGAUCGCAAUGUUUCAGGUGUGGCACCAUGAAAAAUGACUAUGGCGGCGGCUAUGGUGGCCACAUGAUGGUUUCAGGUUAUGGCUCUGAUAAUAGCAGUGCUCCUCCUGGCUGGAAAACUGGUGACUGGUUUUGCUCUAGAGUUGGAUGUGGAGAACACAAUUAUGCUAGCAGGACGAUUUGCCAUAAAUGCAAAACGGCAAGGGAUUAUGGUAGUGAGGUAUAAGAGAAAGGACUACUUCGAAGGACAUCAUCUCCCAAGCUUCACUUCUCUCACAGCCAAAUGCUGCUUUUUCUUUUUUCUUUUAGAGCUUAAUAAGCUUAUUAGAUCAAUCGUUGUUGAAGGCCCUUUUUCUCUUAAAGAUGGCCAUGUUUUAAUUUAGAAAGGGUUUCUAGUUUUAUGUUGCAAUUUUUACAUAAAACAAAUGAAAUUCCUUGUUUUCAUUUUAACUUAAAUAUAAGAUACUAUAUAUUAGGUGUCUA